AUGAUGGGAGCUGCUGGUCUGAAAGGGCCCAGUACAGCGGCCGCGUUUGCGCGCCAACGGCUUACUGCGGUUCCUCGAUCUACACGAUCGGUAUCGACUUUCCGAUCGCAACACUCACGGCUCGCAGGCCUUCGGGGCCAAUUGAACUCCGGUCUCUCUGCUAGUGCCCCAUGGCGCGCUGCUUCAGUUGUGGCUGGCCCGGCUGCGAUUCGUUUCAAUUCGACUUCCUCAACCCCGGCAUCUGAUCCGGCCCCGGCCACGAGUGUGUCAGAUGGACUUCCCGAGGCUAGUGACCUUGCGGAAUUCGAUAUUUCGAAAAUCCCUGAGAAUAUCGGAUACUUGAAAGAACUUGGACUGGACUUCGGUUGGGGCCCUGCCGCCAUGAUCGAGUGGUUAAUCGAGCAUUUACACAUUACCGCCAGUUUGCCAUGGUGGGCCAGUAUCGUCGGCGCGGGUCUCGUCGUCCGUCUCGCUCUGCUGAAGCCGAUGCUUACUGCCUCAGACCAAGGGGCCAAGAUUCAAAACCUGAAGCCUAAGACUGAACCCAUCCGCCAGCAGAUGAUGCAGGCCCUGAAAGACUCAAACCAAAUUGAAACACAACGGAAGAGAGCUGAAUUGUCAGCACUAAAUAAGGAGAAUGGUAUCAACCCCUGGAAGAACUUGAUUCCAAUGCUGCAAAUUCCCAUUGGUUUCGGUACCUUCCGAGUUGUUCGUGGCAUGGCUUCGCUCCCCGUCCCAGGAAUGCUGGACGAAUCUAUUCUCUGGAUUAACGAUUUGACAAUUUCCGACCCUUACUACCUUCUGCCUGUCGUGACCUCGGCAUUUAUGUAUAUGACUUUGAAGCGAGGUGGUGAGUCUGGAAUGGGUGAUUUUAUGAACAGCGCUGCUGGAAAAUCAAUGGCGAUUGGUUUACCGACAAUCUCCUUCCUCUUCAUGGCAUUCAUGCCCAGUGCACUUCAGCUUUACUUCGUGGCUACCGGUGCCUUCGCACUGGGCCAGUCCUACAUGGUCACCUCCAACAAAUUCCGCAACAUGCUGGGUAUGACGGUUGCCAGAAAAGUAGCUCCGGAUAACUCCAUCUCGGACGCGCAGGAUUAUCUUGCAAAAUUGCAGAAGCAGGUGGAUGCGCGACUGAAACCCAAGGCCGAGGAGAAGAAGCCCGUCAACCAAAACGUGAGCAAGAUCGACAAAUUGGUCGAUGGCAUGUCGGAGCACUUCCGUCAAGCAAAGACGGAUAUCAGCACCAAGCUCUCAGAAGCAUCCGGCAAGGGCCAAGCGAAGAACGCUGACGGCACUGCCGCCCCGCCUCCGCGUCUGACUGAUGCCGAGCGCAAGAAGGCUCUGGAGUAUGAACAGGAGCAGCAAUCUGUGGAUAGUUUCCGUCGUGAAGAGCGCAACCACGCUCGCCGGAACGCUCAGAUGCAGGCUCUUCGCGCUGAGCGUGAGAAGGCUAAGGCUUCCUUCCAGAGGCACCAAAAUGCUGCUCAGCAGUCCCGGGGCCGGAAAUAA